UUUAUUCUCUAGCAAAUCUACCGAAAUGGCAGCCAGACAGGGACAUCAAGUCGCCAUUAUUGGCAGUGGUAUAAUUGGCCGGAAUUGGGCAAUGGUAUUCGCUUCUGGUGGUUGCAACGUAAGAAUUUUCGACAAUGACAAAGAUCAGCUACAAAGUGCAUUGAUGGCGGUAAAACAAACGCUGGAACAAUAUGAACAGGAUGGGAUUCUGAAAGGCUCGGAUUCAGCGGCGGAUCAGAUUUCUAGGAUCAGGGGGUGCUCCUCCGCCAAGGAAUGUGUGUCUGGCGCUAGUUUUGUUAUGGAAUGUGUCCCUGAACGGCUGCACAUCAAGAGAAGUGUGCUCAGCCAGAUAGACCUCUAUGUCGAUGGCGAUGAUGUCAUCAUUGCGAGUUCAACGUCUUCCAUUUUCGCUUCUGUACUGUCAGAGGGCAUGCAACAUAAACGACAGGUCAUAGUAACCCACCCGCUAAACCCGCCAUAUUUCCUGCCAUUUGUGGAGGUGGUGCCUGCACCCUGGACAGACAAGGACAUCACUGGACGGACAUGUCAGAUCCUUUCGGACGUAGGAAUGACCCCGGCGGUCCUCCACAAGGAAACCAAAGGAUUCCUUAUCUGUAGGAUCCAACACGCCAUUACGGCGGAGUGCUUCAAACUUAUCAGAGACGGAAUAGUUACUCCUGAGGAUAUCGACAAACUAAUGCCAGACGGACUAGGGAGAAGAUAUGCCUUUCUUGGGGCUCUGGAGGCAUCAUAUCUCAACGCAAACGGAAUGAAGGACUUUUGCGAACGCUAUGGAGAUACCCUAUAUGAACUCCAACAGGAUUUCGGCCCUCCAAUAAAACUAGAAGGGGCACCUCUAGACACGAUCGAGGAGGAUAUAGGAAAACGGAUCCCCCUGGAUCAGAUACAGAAAAAACGGGACUGGAGGGACAAGCGCCUUGCUGAACUAGACAAGUUUAUCAAUAAAACGAAGACAUGUCUCUAACAUUGAUGAACUGACAGUAAAAGUGGGAUGUUUUGUAUUUGAUAUUGAAUAAAAUAUACAGAUUUAUUCUAAGCUUCAUCAUGACGAUGCAGUACAUUUUCAAUGCAAUUGAUCAGACUAAAAGUUUUUAAUC